CCCAUUUCUCCCCUCUUUUGGAAAUUGAGAGAGAGAGAGAGAGAGAGAGAGAGAGAGAGAGAGAGAGAGAGAGAUUUAUUCCUUUGCAGAAAGGAAUUCGUUCAUUUCCGGAGUUCGUUUCCCGAUUCCUGGAUUUACAGUGAUUUCCGAGUCUUCUUUAUGUGAAUAGGUCCAGGGCUUGAAAAAUGGCAGGUGGUUACAAAGAUGAGGUGCCCAUGUUAUCAGACACUCGUUCUCAACUAUCAGAUGAAUGCAUGGAUGUGGAAUUGGAAAGGUUUCAUACUAGGACUACUACUAGGAGUGCCUCCAUGUCCAUAUCAAUGAACGGAAUGGGGUUUUAUGAAAAUGAAAACAGCCUUGUAUCUCAUACUGGUCCUUUGCGGAACGAAAGAAGAGCUCCAUUUGUACCUUUUAGUGGGCCUUUAAAUAGCAACCAGAAAUUCGAGAACUUUUCCCGACCAAAGAAUGGGAGAUUGGGUGUCAAAGCACCUGCGGUUGCACCCGAAGAAUUUUCUUCUGGUGAAGGAAUGACUCAAGUGGACUGGCUGCAUGGCAAUGUUGCUGGCAAGAACGAACAUUUAUUGAGGUCAGGGCCAUUGGGGAAAUGCAAUGAUCCUUAUUGCACAACUUGCCCAACGUAUUAUGAUGCCAAAGCUGCAGAAAAGAAUUCAAGAGCUUCAGCUGUAUUCGACUCUAAGUUCCAAUAUGCUUUAUAUGGGGAUGCCAAAGGUUGGGUGAGGAGAUCUAUUGACUUUCUAAAUUCGUUUGUCCCUGGCAUCAUGAACCCUCAUGCCAAGUUUGUGCAACGGUGGAACAAAUUUUUCGUCAUUUCUUGCUUGGUGGCGAUUUUCAUAGACCCAUUAUUCUUCUUCCUUUUGUCCGUAGAUGAGGAUAACAAGUGUAUAGUUCUCAACUGGUCAUUGGCUACAGCAAUUGCAGUCGUUAGAAGCAUAACUGAUUUCAUUUACUUUUUACACAUACUUCUUCAGUUCAGGCUCGCUUAUGUUAAUCCUGAAUCCAGAGUGGUGGGUGCUGGAGAUUUAGUUGAUCACCCAAAGCAAAUUGCUCUUAAUUACCUGUGUGGCUACUUUAUACUUGAUCUAUUUGUUGUAUUACCAUUACCCCAGAUCAUGAUAUUAUUGGUAGUACCGAAGUAUUUGGGAACAUCAGCAGCAAAUUAUGCGAAAAAUCUUCUACGUGCCACAGUUCUUCUUCAGUAUAUACCGAGGAUAUUUAGAUUUCUACCUUUGCUUGCUGGACAGUCUGCAAGCGGCUUCAUAUUUGAGUCAGCAUGGGCGAACUUUGUCAUCAAUCUUCUCAUUUUUGUAUUGGCUGGGCAUGUUGUGGGCUCAUGCUGGUAUCUCUUUGGGCUGCAGAGAGUAAAUCAAUGCCUGCGAGAGGCUUGUGAUGCAUCUCAAGUGCCAUCCUGUAAACAGUUCAUAGACUGUGGGCAUGACAACACUGAAAAAUUUGCUUCCAACCAAGACUGGCAGUCCUGGCAAAACAGCCCCAAUGCUACUGAUUGUUUUAAUACAGAUAAUGGAUCUUUCUCGUAUGGAAUUUACGUACAGGCUGUUCUCAUUUCUACUGAACACAGUAUUAUCACAAGAUACAUAUAUUCUAUGUUUUGGGGUUUCCAGCAAAUCAGUACUCUGGCUGGGAACCUAGUCCCCAGCUCUUUUGUGUGGGAAGUUCUAUUCACUAUGGGCAUCGUUGGGCUUGGCCUGUUACUUUUUGCUCUACUUAUUGGAAAUAUGCAGAACUUCCUCCAAGCUCUUGGACGCAGGAGGCUAGAAAUGCAACUAAGACGUCGUGAUGUUGAACAGUGGAUGAGCCAUAGGAGAUUGCCAGAAGGAUUAAGGAGGCAAGUACGGCAAUCAGAAAGGUUCAGUUGGGCUGCAACUCGAGGUGUAAAUGAAGAAUUGCUAUUGGAGAACUUACCAGAGGACUUACAGAGAGAGAUACGUCGCUAUCUAUUUAAAUUCGUGAAGAAAGUGCGUAUUUUCACAUUAAUGGAUGAUCCCAUCGUAGAUGCUAUCUGUGCAAGACUGAGACAAAAGCUCUACAUAGGGGGAAGCAAAAUCCUAUACACGGGAGGCCCAAUUGAGAUGAUUGUUUUCAUUGUGAGGGGAAAGAUGGAGAGCAUUGGGGGAGAUGGCAAUGUAGCCCCCUUGUCAGAGGGAGAUGUUUGUGGCGAGGAGCUUCUUACAUGGUGCCUCGAGCAUUCUGCAGGGAAUAGAGAUGGAAGGAAAAUCAGAUUGUCGGGUUCCAUGGGUCACCGAUUGCUUUCUAGCAGGACAGUCCGAUGUUUAACUAAUGUGGAAGCCUUUGCACUCCGAGCUGCUGAUCUAGAAGAAGUCACGUCCUUUUUUGCACGCUCCUUGCGGAACCCACGUGUUCAAGGAGCCAUAAGGUACGAGUCUCCAUAUUGGAGAGAAAUGGCAGCGAUUCGCAUUCAAGUCGCGUGGAAGUACAUGAAGAAGAGGCGUUUGGGUCGGUUGGACACCCCCGAUUAUCGUUCAUAUCAUGCAAGGUAUUGAACUUGUACUAUGUGUAAGAGGAAAAUGUAUGUAUAUAUGUAUCCCACGCAGUCUUUAGUCAGUGGAGGAGGUUGUAAAAUUCCAUGAAGUUUCUUUUGAAUCCAAACAAGCCCCACUUUCGGCUGUAAAAGAUCUUUCUUUUAGACCAUUACAGCAGCUUGUACUAACCAUUUUCAGUAUACUUGCGUGCCAGUGUUGUGAUCGAUUGAGAGAAACUGUUGAGAUAUUGUUUGAUC